AUGAGGACCAGCCUUCUAGUGGCUUUCGGGCUGGUAGCCCUCAUAGUAGCGGUCUCCGGCAGGGAGAUCCGCGAGAAGAGGGAAGCCGAUCUAGAAGCUGCCGCCUCACAUGGCCACCACUGGGACAAAGGUGGCGGCCAUGAACAUCACGCCCAUCACCACCACGAACACGGUGACCACGGCCACAAAGGACACAAAGGCCACCAUGAACAUCACCACGGUAAACACGGACACCACCACCACGAAGGUCAUAAAGGACACCAUGGUGAGCACGGUGGUCACAAAAAACACCAUCAUCACGAUGAGGGAUAUCACCAUCACCACGACCACGGCGAAAAGGGCGAACAUGGUCAUGGCCAUGAAGAACACGGGCACUGGCACAAAGGACACGAUACGAAAGGACACCAUGGCGUCGAAAAACAUGAUGAAUUCAAGAAAGACAAGCACUUCCAUGACCAUCAUGGCGAGAAAGGGUUCCAUGAGCAUCACGGUGGACAUCACCAUGAAGAUGGAUACAAGAAGGGAGGUCAUUUCCACAAGGGUCACAAACAUGGCGGCCAUCAUGAGCAUCAUCAUGGCAAGAAGGGUCACCAUGAGAAAGGAGGACAUCACCAUGACCACAAGGGGCACCAUGGAGAAGGUGGCCACCAUGACCACUGGCAUCAUCAUCAUGAACAUGGCAAGAAAGGAGGUCAUGAGGAUCACAAGCAUUGGGGACACAAGUCUGGUCACUAA